AUCUUAACCAUGUCAUGCUCAAAAGAAAAAUGAUGAUGCCAAAAGUUAUCCGUUACGCAAAAACAUUUUUUAAUUCAACAAUAAACAAAUAGGAGUCCUUAUCGAUCACUCUUUAUAAAUGGAACGAGUCCGCCGCAUUGGGUCCCAAUAAGAUUUUAUCAAUAAGUCUUCACAGAUUCUAACGACGUUUUCUGAGGAAACGAACAGUCAUGGAGCCGAUAAAAACACUAAAUUGAUAUCCGAAGUCGGUAAAAACCCGACAACCAUCCGCUGAUAUUCGCGUAAACAAAUUUCAGAGGAAAUUUUCUUCAUGCAAUAUCCGGCCUGGCUCAUGAUUGGCGGGUUUUCGCGGUAUUUCCACCGCCGACAAAUCGCGAGGGGCCACCUGUAGGUACGGCCAAUCGGAGGUGUCUGACGUGAGCACUGAUCCUAAUUGAGCCAAUGCAAUAUCCGGUGGGCGAUGCGACUACAUCCUGCGCGAAAAGCCCGGGAACGGUCCGGGACGACACUACACCUGCGCAGCAUCCCCACAGACGCCGCUCCAAGAUCACAUCUCACGAAAAGUAAUGAUUAUUUCUGUCCGCGGGCGUUUAGUUCCGCAUACUCUCGCUGUGGCGCUGUGCUCGGGAGUAGGACCGCGAAUACGUACCUCGUUAUAUGGAUUUUAAAACGUAUUAACAGUAUUGUAAAUUGAUAAAUUCCGUGUUAUAAUAUAUUAAAGUGAAAUAUUAAAGUAUGGUGCGCGACUGAGUAUAUAAAUACAUGUGUUAGUUGUUUGUCGGGGCGUAUCGCGAAGCUGGUGAGCGCGGUCCGUGUCGUCCAUUAGAAACCAUUUUCCAGGGGCAUAGAGGGUGUGAGAAAUAAGACGGAAAAUUCCCCAGUGCGAUAGAUUACAGACUAUAGUUUAGAUGUAGCGGGACAAAUGUGUGUUGUUGCAACAUGUAUGAGUGCACGAGUGUAUCGACCGAGCCCAAACCUCGGCUGGCUGUUUUCCAAAGGCGCGUUGUGCGCGUCGUGUGCGCUCGCCCGACCACACACGCUUAACGAGAUAAUCGCGGACGAAUCUGCACUGAACUCUGCUUUAAACUAUUGUUAUGAGUGUUACCACGCAUAAUGCACGCUUCACCCUCGACCGCUCUCCGCGGCCAUAUAAUCUAAAUCACAAUUAGAUCGCUAAAUGGCGUUUGGGAAGUUGGUCUUUGUGCUGGUCGUGGUUGCCGUCGUCGUGGUCGGCGACCAUGAGAUCGAGAAGGAGGACAAAGCGAAGAAAGCCAUGGCGGCGGAGAACCACAAGUACCGGAGCGCGAACCCGGGCAAGGAGCGGGGCUCCUUCCACAAGCUGAGCGCGCUCAUGAACCGCACGGAGGACCGGCGGCAGGGCCGGCGCGGGGACAAGGUGCUGCGGCUCAGCAAGAAGUACAACGACAUGAUGAACGACAACGAGGGAGCCAUCGCCAUCAACCAGAAGACCUCGUACGACAACGACACGGUUACAUUAACCGAUAAGAUGAAGAUCCUUCGUCCUAACGGUCCGAUGUACGAGGCUGUCAACAAGUACUCGUACAUCCCGCAGGCUACAGGGGUGUUCUGCAGCUUCGAGAACAACGGCACGGACUCGGGGAGCGUGUGCAUGUGGCAAUGGAACUCCACGGUGUCUAGCCACGGGCUCGGCUUCAAGGUGGUGACGGCCGCUGAUGUGGUGGCCAUGAACCAGACCACUAGAGGAAUGAAGUUCUCCGGACCCGCGACAGAUGGGGACGGCGACGUGGGAGGUCACUUCCUGUACCUAGCCGUGGAUCCCACGAUGGAGAACAUGGUGAUCAAAUCACCACCGUUCAGAGGACUGUCAGAGUUUUGUACGUUCGAAGCGAAGUUCCAUCAGAGCAAGAUGCAGAACGCGAGCAUAAAGCUUGUAUCGGAGUCCACCACGUCAGAGGUGCAGUGGAUAGUCCAAGAGGUUACCGGGAAUAACUUCGAAAUGUGGCAUACUAUGCGUUUCAUGAUCGGUCAGAUUCGCCAAGAAGUCCGCAUCAUCAUGGAGAUAAGUCGUCCGAGCUACGUGAGCCUCUCGCAGACUCUCCCGCAUAUAGCCAUCGACAACAUAAGGAUGAUAGACUGCGUGCCAGAGCCCGUGUACGGGAACGGUACUUGUGUACCUGGCCUGUUGAAUUGUAAAAUUAUGAACAUUGAUUCGUGCAUCAAACUACAGCAAGUCUGCGAUCUGGUGAAGGAUUGCGAUGAUGGGAGCGAUGAAAACCAAGGCUGCGACAAAAUGCCGUUUGGAUCUUACUGCAAUUUUGAGCAGGACACUUGUGGAUUUGAAAACGUGCCACAACCGAUCCUCCAAUGGACUCGCCACAGUGGUCCAACACCUACAGACAAAACUGGUCCCAAUUACGACCACACCUGCGGCCCCACCAUGCCAUAUGACACCAUGAUGGUCCCGCCAUUAUUCCCGGCACAUCUUAACUAUACCAUCGCACAGUGCGUCGGGUAUUACUUCUUUGUGAAUAUGAAUGUGACUGGUCCUAAUAAGAAGAAAGCGGAUUUUGCGUCGACAGCUGUAAUGCGGACAGUGAUCUUCAACCCGCCCCCAAAAGUCCACGGGAAUAUUACAUCUAGAUAUUAUAAUUGUUGUAUGAUCAGAUUCUACUACCAACAGAACGGCCGCAACUACGGCUCUCUCAGCGUCAAUGUGGUAGAACUGACGAACAGAGGGAACAUCACCACUUCGGUCUGGUUCUCUACCAAGAAUAGAGGGGAGGUGUGGUACAGAGCCUCCAUCUUCCUGCCGAAUAUUACUAGAAGAUACUUCUUAGAGUUCAAGACUCGCAUGGGCAUGCGGAUUUACUCGGACUCUGCUAUUGAUGACUUCUCAAUGGCUCCGGAGUGUUUCGGGAUCAACAUGGACCCUGAGGAGCUCGGGGACUACAAUUAUUACGAUCCUGUGUUUGAAGAGAAGACCACACCACAUCCCUCCUUUGUCGAUAAACCUGUAUACCGCUUCACAACAUGCGGUGCUACGGGCCGCUUCGGUCCGAACCAGUCGAUGUGCGACGCGGCGUACAACAACACCGCGGUCAGUGUCAGCGUGGUGCACAGCCCGCCGUACCAGGGGAUACAGCUGUGGGAGGUGCCAGCAGAAGGGCUCUACACCCUGAUAGCUCGCGGUGCCAGCGGCGGGCUGGGCUCCGCGUGGGCGGGAGUGUCGCACGCGGCGCAAGUGCGCGCGCUGGUCGAGCUGCACAAGAGCGAGCGGGUCUACGUGCUGGUCGGACAGCAGGGGAUCAACGCGUGUAAGAAGACGCUAUCGGCACAAGAGGGCCAAAGCGAGUGCUCGCGGCCGAGCAACGAGAGCCGGCCGGUGUUCGCGAGCCGCACGCACGAGGUGCGCAACACGCACGUCACGGACGGCGGCGGGGGCGGAGGGGGCGCCACCUAUGUCUUCCUGUUGGAUAAAGACGGGCAAGCGUUCCCCCUGCUGGUGGCGGGGGGAGGGGGCGGGAUCUCCGUGGGCAGCUUCCGGGAUGACGGCUCGCAGCACGCGCGCCCGCUGACCAACGCUACGCCGGAGUCCGGGUAUAUGUAUGGAGAGCCCGGGAAGACUUCAGGUGCGGGCGGCGGCUGGCUGGCGCGCGCGGGCCCCAGCACGCCGGGCUUCGAGCUGGUGCGGGGCGCGGCGCUGCACGAGGGCGGCGCGGGGGGCGCGGCCUGCGCCGGCCGCGCGCACGGCGGCUUCGGCGGCGGCGGCGGGGGCUGUCUGCGCGGAGGGGGAGGAGGGGGCUGGCUGGCAAAGGGUAAAAUCGGAAUCCUUCUACAAAACCUCUCGCUUAAUCCUAAUUCUUUUACUAAGUCUGUUCAUACGUCCGUACGUCUUUUACCUAGCUUGUAUCUUUUGAACUGUGAAAGCUAUACAAUUGGAAUUUUCAAUGACUACUGUAGCUAUUAUAACGCAAAAAAAUAUCCACCAUCACCAUCCAACAUCCAUUCGGUCAUAAAUCUGAUGAAAAACCAUUUCUCUUUAGCCUUUUUGUACAUAACUCUUACAAUAAUCAAGUACGACUUAGCCCAGCUUUUCAUAUGUAUCAUAUGUUCACCAGGCGGCAACACGAACGAGGGCGCGGGCGCGCACGGCGGCGGCGGCUGGUCGUACAUCGCGACGCGUGCGGUGCGCGACUACAGCGAGGCCUCCGUGGCGCCCCACGUGGGGCCCGGGGAGCUGCUCGUGCUGCCCGCCAUACACGACUGCGACUGCGACUAUCGCUGCGUGGCACUGAACGAGUACCGCUCUGAAGUGAAGUGCUACUGCCCCGCCACCUGGACCACGGACGCUCACGACCCCACCAAGUGUAUACUUGAAGACGCCUGGCCCCGCACCCCUUGGGUGGUGAUAAUAGUGUUGUCUGUCGCCGUGUUUGUCUGCGCGUUGGCUGUACUGUGUGUCUGCUUGUAUCUCUACAACACCUACCAACGCAAGAAAGAAGCAGAACAGCAACAAAAGCGUCUUCUAGAACAAGAUGUUCAGCUUCAGCGUCUCCGCAGCGCCCCGGGUGGUAAUGACAACCUGACCAUGGCUUUCAACCCUCACUAUGGAAGUGAGAGCAUAUUGCCGCAAGGGAUCGAUGUGAGGGGCCUGCCUCAGGUGUCUAGGGAGAGUCUGAAGCUUGUCAAGGCUCUCGGUCAGGGUGCUUUUGGAGAAGUCUACCAAGGUCUCUACCGGCACCGGACCGGGGAUACGGUAGAAAUGCCGGUAGCUGUCAAAACACUACCGGAACUGUCGACCGGCCAGGCCGAGUCCGACUUCCUCAUGGAGGCAGCUAUAAUGGCCAAGUUCAGUCAUCCGAACAUCGUGCAUCUUAUCGGCGUUUGCUUUGAUCGACAUCCGAGGUUCAUAGUCCUGGAACUGCUAGCUGGUGGUGACCUGAAGAACUUCCUCCGCGAGAGCCGCCCCAAGCCGGAGCGAGCGAGCGCGCUCACCAUGAAGGAUCUGCUUCUCUGCUCUAUAGACGUCUGCAAGGGAUGCCGGUAUCUGGAAAGCAAGAGGUUUAUACACAGGGACAUAGCAGCCCGCAACUGCUUGCUAACAUCCCGGGGCCCAGGACGAGUGGUGAAGAUCGCGGACUUCGGCAUGGCGCGGGACAUCUACCGCUCUGACUACUACAAGAAGGGCGGGAAGGCCAUGCUGCCCAUCAAGUGGAUGCCGCCAGAAGCCUAUAUAGAUGGCGUGUUCACCAUCAAAACUGAUGUCUGGUCAUUCGGCGUGCUGCUGUGGGAGGUGUUCUCUUUGGGCGUGAUGCCGUACACCGGCUGCGCGAACAGAGAGGUCAUGGAGAUGGUCUCCGGCGGCGGCCGCCUCGAGAAACCAUAUGGAUGUCCACAAGAGAUCUACAGGCUGAUGUGCGAGUGCUGGAACCCGACGCCCAGUGAGCGACCGUCUUUCGCGCACAUGUACGAGCGUAUGCAGCGAUUUGUUCAGGACCCAGCCAUAGUAAGCGCGCCUCUCCCAAUAGUCCGGUCUUUGCUGCCGCCGCACACGGAGGUUCAGACCAGCGCCAACGGCCCGCAGCGAGCGCCGGCGUGCGACUACCUCGUCCCGAUGUCACCGCAGGAGAACCCGACGGCGAACAAUAGCCCAACGGAACCGCUGGUCCUUCAUAGCAAAUCGCCAACGGUGGCACAGGAACCAGAAACGGAGGAUUCACAAUAUCCACCUCCUGUGAAAGCAUCACAAGGCUAUGGCAACUUACCAACUGUCCAGCGAAGCAGCGGAAGCGUAACAAGGCGCGAUGCCUCCGCUACCUCCGCCGCAGAGACAAAGACAAGCACAAAGUUUCUGCAGUCUAACUCAACGGACAGGUUGCUAAGUUCAGUAGAAGGUCCCUCAAUGGACGACGAGGUAGUUUCGGAUGCCGACGACAAGCCAGUCAUAUGGGAGACAUCGUUCACGGAACCGCCACGCAACGCUACGCCGCGACAGAGCAUCGAUAAUGGACCAGCAGUCGAGAAACUGAUAAGCAUUACCCCAACCUCACCGAAGCCGCCUGAAAACGUUCUGUCGAAAGCCAUAGAAGCAAACGUGAUAGACAAGACGAACCACAAGAACGCACUAGUACCGGACCGGAAAACCGCACCCAUCGCCUCCCCAGACCCACCGCGGAUAAACGCCUGGGCCUCAGAAAGCGUCAAAUAUACUCCAAAACCAAAACCUCUUUGCUUAGACGCCGCCCAACUCGAACAGAAUCUAAACGCAUUAAAAAAAAACAGCGGAUCUGUCAACUUGACAACCAUGAACAUUUUGCCGCCAUACAUAAACGUAGUGACGCCAAACAAGUUAUCAGAAUCGAAAACGAUUCAAAUCGAUCCGAAGAAAGCGGUAAUUGACGAUUUGCCGAAAGAAAUUGAACCAAAAGAGGAGAAGGGGAAGUUAAAACAGUCGAAUUCAGCGGCUAGCUUGCUCAACGGACCGAUGACUGAUGUGCCGUACGCGGACAGUGAUAACGCUUCUUCAAGCUCGAGCAGCAACCAGGGCAAGAAGUUUGACGAUAGGAAUAUAGUGAUCAAACAGGGUAGCAAUGGCGAGUUCGUCGGGGAUUCCGAAAUUAGCUGUUAAACGAGUUGAGACCAGGUUGUGUAUGCUCUGUGCCACCGUGACACUCAGUGAAAUGUUACAUAAUGUUAGUUGUAAAUAAAGAAACAGACUUUAUGGUGAUAGUAAUAAUAAAAUAUUUAUUUUGACAUUUGUAUUUUUAUCGAUACGUGUAUAUAGUGUUCUUUUCGUUACGGAGGGUAGUUUAUUUAACAAGGUGGCUUCCUAAUUGCUUUUAGUCAUAGUUUAUUGUUGCUCAAUUAGCUCAGUGUUUUGCAAAAAUAUAUAUUACCUAGAUUGAAUAAAACAAUUAGUUUUUCUACUUAGAUAUUUUAUCGGACAAUCAGUUGUGUAAUUUUAAUGAAACUUUUUGUAAAUACUGGGCUUCAUAGCUAUUUUUUUACACGAUUUGGUAUUUCUUGUUUUUGCCAAUGUUGAUGAUAUUACAAUUAACGUACACGGUACAUUUGGUCUCAAAUGUUUGACGAUCGUUUGCGAUUUAGACCCAAUUUUACACGAAUUUAAACAAAUUUAUACUCGAAAUACAUUUGUUUCAAAAUUUGAGAUCAAGUGGUGAGGUGGAACUUACAUAUUUCGAGAAACGAACGCACAGGCGAACACAUGCUUCUGAACUAAACUAUAUAAAAUUAGAGUAAGGCCACGUGACGCAUUACUGUUCCGUUUCGUUCGAUUUUCAGGGCUUUUCGUUGAUUUCUAUAAAGAUAACACUUAUAAAUCUUCAAAAUUUAGAGUGAUUGUCAUGUUUUUCUUCCUUUUAAAAUAUACAAAAUCACGGAGGGCCCUCAUUUCUAGAAUAAUAUAGGUACCUAGUAGUAUUGCUUAAAAUGUUUGUAAAUAAUAUUAAAAAAAAUGUAGAGUUUGUGUACAUCCGCCCUAUUAAUAUAAAAAAGUACGAAAUAUAUUACGUUUCACGUAGAUGUAAAAAUAAAUGGAAUACGUAUUUUGUUUGUAAAAAAGUUUAUGUGAUGUUAAAUAAGAGAAUUCGUAAUUUUUUUCAUUUAGUGUUACCGCAUUGUUAGAUCAGACGUAUAAAUAUACACUUAGUGAAUAUAAAAAAAAUAGUUUUUAUUAUAUAUAUAUGUAUGAAAUUAAAAAUGUGUUAAUCCACAUGAAUGCUUUAAUUACUGUAAGAUAGUGUAAGAUAAUGUUUGUUUUCAGUCUCAGUAGUGCCAUUUUAUUAAUUUACUGCCUACUUGAUGUGCAUUUAGUUUUGUUUAGGCAUGAAAUGACAGGGUAUCAUGGUAAAUUUCCUUUUUUCGUAAUUAACAUGAAACUCUUCUAAGCCAAAGAAAAUUGUCUUGUGCCAAAAUAAUAUUGUUUGAAUGUUAUUGAAUUUUUAACGUCUGCAACACUGGAUAAUUUAUAACUCAGUGCGCCAUUUUACCAAAGAAUAAUUUCAAUUGCUGAAAGGAGUUGAAAAAAUUUGUUAAAUUGAACCCGUCUGUCUGUUUAUUUAUUAUUAUUUCUUGAAAGUUGACAUUAAAACUGAGGUAACGAACUGAGCUAUAAAUUAUUCGAAAAUUUUCCUCUUAGCGAAAUAUGUGGACAAAAGUAUACUCAUUUAUUUGUAUACAAAAAUAAAUGUAACCUACCUUUACGUAGGUACUAUCAAA